GGACUCCCCUGCCUCAGCCCCUCCUGCGGCAGCGUUUCUGCUCCAGGCACAGGCUCAGUCUGCUCGCCCUGAGCGUCAACAUCCUGCUGCUGGUAGCCACGUGUGUGAUCGGGUCCCAAAGAACGCAGUUGCAGAUGGAGUUGUGGACCCUAAAAGAAAAAUUCAGCAACUUCUCCUCUAGCACCCUGAUGGAGAUGGAGGCUCUGAGCUUCCAUGGAGGCAGCUCUGGGAACAAAGUGACAUCUCUAGAAACCAAAAUGAACAAACAGCUGUUGGACCUGAAAACAUAUCAUUCCACCUUGCUCCUUCAUCUGAAGCACUUCUCAGGGGAUCUGCGCACCCUGUCUUGUCAGAUGGCGUUCUUCCGCAGCAACGGCACAGAGUGCUGCCCGGUUAACUGGCUGGAGCAUGGAGGCAGCUGCUACUGGUUCUCUCGCUCUGGGAAGACCUGGCCGGAGGCUGAGAAGUACUGCCGGCUGGAGAACGCCCACCUGGUGGUCAUCAACACCAGGGAGGAGCAGAAAUUCAUUACACAGCACACGGAGCCCUUCCAUACCUGGAUAGGCCUCACUGACAGUGAUGGCACCUGGAGAUGGGUGGAUGGCACAGACCAUAGGCUUAACUACAGGAACUGGGCUCCCUUGCAGCCAGACGACUGGACGGGGCACGAGGUGGGUGGAACUGAGGACUGUGCGGAGAUGAGGCCGGAUGGCCGCUGGAACGACGACUUCUGCCUGCAGAUGUACCGCUGGGUGUGUGAGAUGAAGUUGAACAUCACGGGCUAGGAGCCCGUCCUCCAGCAUGUCUUUCUGAUCUGCACCCUACCCAGCCCUGUCCCAGCUUUUU